ACUCAGACGCAGCAUUCGUUCUGUCUGAGUAACACUAGCCGACCCACGAUGUUCUACCCCUUAGGGUUAAGUAUCCAAGGCCGAGGAAGGAACCAAACUAGUAAAGAUAGAACUAAGCGCGGUCCCAUAAUUUGAAAAUUCUCAGAAGACGUACGAUUAGUUAAGCUACCGGCUUAUCGUCAAGUGUAUCCUCGCUGCUGGUUUCAGUACCCUGUAGGUUCUCCAACUAAAUUACGUGAAGCAUAGAAACACUACUGAAGUGUACUGGAAGCUAAGGAAGUAGCGGAUUAAAGCACAACCAAGCAAAAUACAGCAGCAGGAAACGUAGUUAAUGCUAGUUAUUAUCGGCCUGUAGUGUUAUCACUAUGAUAUUCAAGAGUACUCCAGCAUAUCCAAAUAGACGACUUAAUCAAGUAAAGGCAGUGACAUUGAGGUUUUCCCCGGGCAAAUCCUCAGCCGCAACACCUAACUCCGUGAUACUGUGUGUUUAUUGUUAACAAAAACAAAACUAAAUAGCUUUAAAAACGAGAGGAACGACCCAAAACAAAAAAAAAGAAGUUUACCACGAGGAAAAACAAGGCUUCUCACGACCGAAGUUGCAGGAAACAUAGUGAAAUAAUUGACUAUUGCUCAUCAAUGUGCCUACGGUUAUUUCUAUAUGUUUAUUACGCGUGCACUACCGGUCGCCCAAACCAUUCGGACACUGUUUCCAGACGCCUGCUACCACUGCGCGCCGUUCGGCAGAUUUCCUGCGAAAGUUCGUUAUGCCACUCACUGCAACGCUGUGGAAGUGGACGUUAGUGAAAUAAUAGAAAGAAAAAAUAGGGUUAGCCACAUUGAAGCGACGCCCUCCGAGAGUUAACUGUGCAUCGACAGCUGCUACAGUACCUAGAAUUCCCACUAGUAGUGUUGCUCACGCCGUGUUCUCGGAAAGCGUAUAGACCUAAAAUGACAAAUAAUCAAUUGCCUAUUAUGCCGUGCAUCAGCUUUCACCUAGUUUAGUUGCGUUCGACAAUCGUCGAACGAGCACACAGAUUCACUGUACAAGAAUACGUACAGCCGUUUUCGACCGAUUCUCGUUGACCAGUAGAGUGCCUAGGCGCUACGAAUACACCACUGCUCAAACAUUAGUCCCAAUACAUCGAUGGGCCCUGUCGAGGGUCAAAGGUACAGUUGCGCCGGACCUCACAAACAUUGCGGUGACGGAGUAGAUAAUAUGGUAUCCGAUACCACUAUACGAGACACAAAAUUCGAAGAAAAAGAAUAAGACGACGAGGAAAAGUUUUUAACGACAAUAAUGUGCACAACAGACAAAAAGGGAAACCAAAGAAACAUCGAAAAUGCAACACGAACGCCUUCGCCCCAGCUGUCACCGCCAUCGCUAGCAGGCUUAAAGUACAACUUUCACAAUUCGAUCUGGCUAAAUGCGUUGCUGCAACAAUACGCGACAACAUUAUUAAGACGACAACAACACCAUCAUGGACGACUAUCACAUCAAAAUCAGCAAAGAUCCGAACGAGCGAAGUUUCAGCAAGAAAACGAUCAACAAGAUCCGCAACGACAAUUAAUCAUUGUAACCACGACACGACACAGCCUCCAACAACUUCAGGACGGGCAGCAGCAGCAUCAGCCUUGGCACUCACAACUAAACUCAGAGGAAAAGCAACGACAACAACAACAACAACGACUGCUGCUGGAAGAAGUUCGUCAGUUUCCACUCAGCAUUGCUUGUCCAGCAACAGGACAAAGAAGAACUGCAACUGCAGUAAUAUCAACAAUGAUUUUUCUAACAGAAACAAUACUACGACAGCAACGACACUUGUCACUAACUGCUAAAACCAGAAGCAUGAACAAGGCCCCUCGCCGUAUUUCAGCUUCGAUUUCAGCAGCAGCGGUCUUCGAUUACGAUACUUCGAUCGAAAGCACCACAGCUAUAGCAGGUUUUCAAGUUGCUCCAAUCGCUUCAAAUUUAACAGGUAGUUGCGUAGUUUUCGAUAGCUCCAAUGAUGUCCAUUGCCUCCAAGAGGAAUGUACCAGGAAUACAGCUGCAAAUAGUAUAACUGUUAGAAGCACAGGUAGCCCGAACAAUGCUUUUACCACCGCUCCAGCUACUAAAAUCGGUACCAAUUACACUGCAGGGUUUGGUACAAUGGCGAUUUUUUUUCCUGUAGGGUCAAAAGCUAAUGCAGAUAUGAUUCUUCCAAUUUCAAUAGCAACAUUUACUCGUACCAAUGGAACGAUUUUAACAGAGAAAACAGCCAGCAAGCGUAAUUCAACUACAAGCGAUAGUCAUCGCACUGCGCUGAAUCAAACCAGCUCGGCUGCACGCGAAGCUCGGCCUGCCGCCAUCAUCGUUCGUGGUGACAUGGCCUGCAUCGCCGUCGUCGAUCAGGCAGCGGCGAAGAGCGUUGACGCUGGCACGUCCUUUCGGGAAUCACCCGCCCGAUUGUCGUUCUCCGGCCACUUUUGCCGUCAAGAUAAUUACGGAAACGAUGCAAUAACAACAAUAAAAACAACAGCAGCAACAGCAAGAACGACAACGACAGCCACUGCAAUAUCACAGGUUUUCAAAAUUGAAAUUUCAGCAUGCAACAACCCGCUCGGGUACGAACCAAUUUUAAGUGAUUUCUCAACAGCUAACCACCUAGAGCUAGCCCGAGAUCGAGAAAGUAGAAAGAUAUCGUGCACGAGCGCUCAGCAGUCACGACCGCGUAGGAUGUCAAUAUCCACGCCCACGAUUACGUGGACGCUGCUAAUGUCGUGGUUGACUUUGGGUCUCGUGGGGCUCGUUCCGGACGGAAUCGGCCUGGGUCUGCCGGGCGCGGCGGCCUCCCGUGAGGCUAAGCGCCUGUUCGACGAUCUGCUAAGCGACUACAAUCGACUUAUUCGGCCUGUGGGCAACAACUCUCACAAAGUGGUCAUCACGGUUGGCCUCAAACUGUCACAGCUCAUUGACAUAAACUUGAAGCACCAAGUGAUGACAACUAAUAUAUGGUUGGAACAAGAGUGGGAAGACUACAAACUGAAAUGGAACCCCGCAGAAUACGGAGGAGUUGACAUGAUUCACGUGCCCGCUGAGAACAUCUGGCUUCCAGACAUCGUAUUAUUCAACAACGCUGACGGUAACUACGAGGUAAUACUUAUGAACAAAGCAACCGUUUACUCCACUGGAAAAGUUGUGUGGAAGCCUCCAGCUCUAUACAAAAGCACUUGCGAAAUUGAUGUUGAAUAUUUUCCAUUCGACGAACAGAACUGCCUCAUGAAAUUCGCGUCAUGGACGUAUGACGGUUUCGAAGUAGAUCUUCUUCAUCAAAAACAGAAACCUGGUGAGACCGAAGUCUCAACUGGUAUCGACAUGAGCGAGUUCUACAAAAGCGUCGAAUGGGAUAUCCUCCUCGUGCCUGCCAAAUACAAUCAGGGCAAGUACGACUGUUGUGUAGAACCGUUCCCGGACAUCACGUUUAACAUCACAAUGCGCCGAAAGACGCUAUUCUAUACAGUCAACCUGAUCAUCCCGUGCGUGGGUAUUUCCUUUCUGACAGUGCUAGUCUUCUACUUGCCGUCCGACUCGGGUGAGAAGGUUACCCUCUGCAUUUCGAUUCUCGUCUCGCUAACCGUGUUCUUCCUGCUGCUCGCCGAGAUUAUUCCUCCGACUUCCCUUGCCGUACCAUUAUUAGGCAAAUACCUCCUGUUCACAAUGAUCCUGGUCACGCUAUCUAUCUCGGUCACGGUCGGUGUGCUCAACGUGCAUUUCCGCUCGCCGUCCACGCACAAAAUGUCCCCAUGGGUACGGCGCGUCUUUAUUCAUAUUAUGCCGCGCCUUCUGCUCAUGCGAAGGCCCAACUAUAACCCCGUGCCCGACGAGGAGCAUCACAAGUACACGUUACAACAUCGCGCUCAUCAACAGCUGCUUCAACAGCAGCGGCGCAUACAGCAGCAACAGCAACGUGAACACCAACCGCAGCCCCCGCAACAACCACCCGCUGACUGUAAUGGGGUUGAACUCAACUAUCGUGAAUCUAUGCUUAGAGGCAAUCCAAAUGCGCUUCAAUUAGGUUCAAUACGUGCGAUGCGUGCUAGCCCCUUGCUGGACGAUGUGGGACUGGGCCGAGGCAGCCUCUCAAGUGGGUUAGGGGGGCUAAGCUCGUUGGGUAAUAUGGGUCCGAUGGGCCCGAUCGAAGCUAUGGAGGCGGGACUCGACGCUGGUGGCUCCCCGCCACUAGAACCUCAACUUCAGCGACCCUACUCCGCCGAACUACAGAAAGCUAUCGAAGCUAUUCUCUUUAUCGCUGAACAUUUGCGAAAGGACGAUGAAGAUGAAAGUGAACGCCAAGACUGGAAAUACGUGGCAAUGGUGCUCGAUCGACUCUUCCUGUGGAUCUUCACCCUCGCGUGUGUUGUCGGCACGGCUGGGAUUAUUCUACAGGCGCCGUCAUUAUACGACGAUCGCGAAUCUAUUGACGUGCUCAUGUCCCAGAUUGGAAGGAACACUGCACCAACAAUAACAACAUCCACUCACUAACAACAUCAACACCAACAACUCAACAAAACUUAUCAACUGAACAAGCCCAUAUUGAAGCCGACUAACACCAACCGACCCACUCUCUUCGACCUAAAACACAAAUUGUAGAAUUGGCUUCAUUGACACACCCAAGCAAACUUCCGUUUAUUGCCGAUAUGACAGCAAUUCUUUGAUUAACUAACAGAACGUACAAUAGUUAGCCCUCUACGUACUACAACAGUUUGUCGUGUCUUCUGAACAGACGACCACUGGUAAAGCACUCGCCUGCUUAUAUCUAACGCAACCAAUAAUACGGAUAACUGCUAUAUAUAUAUAAUCAUAACUAGACAACUAGAGUAUAUGUAGGGUACUGAUGAUACGAGUCAAUACCGAACCGCUGGUGAGUGCUAGUUCUCCGUGGUGUAAUAAUGUUGACGUGACAUACAGCGUUGCGCUGAGUGCCGGACGUCAAUUACCGAAUAUCGACUGUCAACAAACUGCUCCAACUGUGAGCAAGCACUAUGGCUAUCGGCAACGUCCCAAUAGCAAUAAUAAACUGCUAAAGCGUUAGAAUAAUAUUAAUAGCAUUACAUCUCUAUUGGGUCAGCAUGAACUAUUCUUAUAAGUAUUACUACUGUAGUUACAACUACAGAACAGUUCAAACAACAACAACAACAGCAGCAACAAUAACCAUAAUAUGACAUGAAGAAUAUGAUUGCGGCAAUAGGCGUACGCUUGAAAGGAGAAGACGUGAAGCUGCGAACAGUAUAUUGAUAAAGAAGAACAGGAUCUAAACGCUGGUGAUGAUGACGACUAUAUGGCGAAUCUAACACACUUUCAACGACCCUAGCACAGACUCUUUAUCAUAUACAAUAUUCGUAUUAUUGCAUAUUACUCUAUGAAUACUUACUACACGUACAGACAACGACCACUCCUGCGGAUGCCGAACUGUCGCGGUUGUCACACUGCUACAGCAACCCCCCACUGCUACACUGAUAUUGACAACAAUAUCAACAGGAAAAUAAAAUGACCCCCCCCCCCCAGUCAUGACGGAACCUAUGUCAGCCGAUCAGUGUCUAUCUGAUCAAUGAUGCGCAAUUGCCGCUUCAGCUUGAGGCGAACAGAUGAACACAGAAAGAAUAGAAAAUGGAGAAGUAUAUAGAGAAGAAAGUAGAAGAUGAACACACAAACGCUUAAAAAGACUACCGCAGCUCCCCAGUAACCUAGCCAUUACAUUCCGCUGGCUUUAUUAAUUAUUUGUUGUGACGCUGCAUAUGCGAUGCUAUCAUUUAAUUAUAUCUAUUCUGAUAGUUUUUGCUAUUGCGUCGACGCUCAACGCAGGUAACAAUUUUUUUUUAACAAGCUAAUUUGUCAUUUGUGACAUCUAUACCAUAGUAAAUUCACCUAAGAUCAUCGAGACAGUGUUUGAAUGGUCAGCAUCAGAAGCUUAUAUACGUCUAACCGCAUCUAACGCUUCAGCGGAUCAAAUCAGCUCUAACAUGCUUCACCUCUUCAAUAGAGGUGAAGUGCAACUCUGUUGAUAGUUGGAUAUUAAUUACAUAUAUUUUCCAGGUGUCUUCUAGGUGUUCAGAGUAGCGGUUUUGCUCUUCAACAAAGCUCAAAGAGCUGUUGUACCUAGCACUCUUUGCACAUAUUGCAAAUAUUUGGCUACCUAAAGUCGACCAAACAUUUUCUAAGCAUCUAUGUUUGCAAAUACAGACAUGUGUGUACUUGUAUCAACUGUGACUUCGAACAUUCGUUAAGUGAUUAGACAAAUGGUGCUAAAAUUUUUAUUACAGAAGCUACGUGAACUGUGCGAACGAUGGAUGGUAAUGAACGUAAUUGCGUUACCCUGUCGUUCGGUUACUUAACUAGCAGUUAUUUAGGAAGUUAGUAAUGAGAACACAAAUCACUUUUGAAAUUGAAAACUUUGAAAAAUAAUCAUUUCUCGAUAAGAGUCUCAGAUGCCGAACAGACCUACUCGAUUUGGGUGGACCAAAAACAGGUAUAGCGCAGAUUAUCUCCACUUCUCUAAACUUUUCCAUAUGGUUUGCUCGUAUUUAUCAGAGUUUAGCAUCUUUUUUAGGGUGCGAGCAACGAUCGAGAUUCACAGUUGAAAGUAACUAUUGAUCAACCCUUCCUCUCAGGUUCUACUACAACUGCCGAAUGACUUUUGUUUGAAGAUGUUACAAUAUUGCAAAUAGCUGAUAUGUGUAUUUGGCUGAUUUUAAGUUAUCCAGUAAAAUUAUUUUCUGCAUUAGCAAAAUGAUAUAAAAACAGUGAUUUUUGAAUCUAUUUUUUCGAAUCAAUUUUAUUCUCUCAACUUACAUAUUGAAGGUCACGACGCUAACCGGUACACAUAAGCAUACACUAUGUCGCCUGACAACUAUCAACAAUGGUGCACUACGACGCUAGGUCAAUUAUAUAAUAAUGAGAUCGUCUCAUUCAUAUACGCUGCUCAACGGAAUAAUGCUCCCAAUAACCAACAAAAAUCCGUGUUAGGCAAUCUUCAGAUUAAAAAAGUUGCAACGAAGGGUUUGAUCCCACGAGAUAUGUCAUUCCCUGUACCUAACGCAAUAGGACAUUUCUGGCUAUUCCAGAAUUAUUGGGCAAAUUUACUUGUAAUAUUGCAGAUAAUCCACCCAUAGGGUUAAGGCAUUUGUGGCAUGCCCUAAAAUGCGCGUACCGACUCUCCAUUGAAGAUGUACUGGCCUGUAAGAACUUUGAAUGAAACAUGCCUGGCAGCGGGUUGCCUUUCAAGGUUUGUAUUAUCAACGAACCAAGGAAAAGAAUAUAGGUGAGUGCUCCUUGUUUUUUGGCUGUUUAUAAUCGAUCGCAUUUUUCCUUUAACAGGUUUUCCUUAAGCCGUUCGAAGUAUGUCCAAUCGCACCACGGCCUAUUUUAUUUACAAGAUAAAGGAGACUUUGUGUUUUCCGGUUUGUAUAAACAAGGUUGUAAAAACAAUAAUAUAUAUCUUAAUAAUCAAAACGCUGAAUACACAUAUCACUGUUAGUACUACAGUGUUAUUAGAUAAGCGACCGAAAACUCAUACGAUACGUGUAGAUACUUACCACGUAGAGUUCAUGUCGUUAAAUGGAUAAUCUAACCGGUACAACAAUAGAACUACUAGAAUUUGAGAUAUAUAAUUAACCAGCAAGAUGAAAUAAUAUAGCACGAAAUAGUUUUAGGACGAUUUUACUUUAGUCAUGGUAAUUGAAUAGAAUAUAUGUGGUUUACGAAAAAAUAGAUGAACUCUAGCAACGAUAUAAAGCUGAUUGAGGAAGUAGUCAUUUGCUUCAUGUCAAAAGGUCUGUAUAUGUAAAAUCUAGCGUUUGACAAACAUUCUGAAGCCUACUUGUUAAGAUUACUGUAGCCUCGUCCGAUCUUACUGAUAACGGGAAAUUUCUGUACGACACCAUUCAGUAGAUACCUCGCAUUUAAAUGUUUAUAGUUGAAGUCCUGACAAGAAGAAUUGUGGAACGGUGCACCCAGUACGUUCAAGUUAGCUGAGCUCAUCAAACGAUCGAUCGAAAUGUCACACACUUGCAUUGAUUGAAAUAUACAAACACGCCAGAUGCAAUAAAUCAUUAAUUCAGUAUUAUGUCGCAUAUGCACUGUAUAACAAACAGCAAAAGACCUAAUUCUAUGCCAGCUCUAUAGAAACGCAUAUAUAUAUAUAUAUGGGAAAACCCGAGCCGAGACUGUUCCUUCUAAUGGCAGUUAAUUAAGGUAAUUUGUUUAUAUCGGAUUCUUUAGUCUUCCUGAACGUGGCUGCAUCCCGGUCCAGCCUGGCCUGCAAUAUUCAAGUAGGGAAAUCAAUAAUAUUUUUUACGCUUUUACUCUAAACAAUAUAUAUAGUAUAUAGAUAUCGACGGAUAAUAAAUGAACAUAGUGCAUACUGCUAUCUCGUUACCUAAUCGUCUAUUGUAACGUUUUUGUAGAUCUGUAAGGUCCUGAACCGGAUGUCCCUUUUUAAUCAACUUAGCAGUCGUUCUUGUUUUUUUUUUUCGCAUCUAUUGUUUUCCGUCGUGAGGUACUUACCUAUUUCGUCCCUCAAUAUUCCUCUAUCUGGGCGUGCAGUGCGGCCAUGCUGAUGUCAAAGCAUAGGGCAAUCGCGUAUACGCUCAUUGUGCAAACACAUGAACAGGCACAAAACACGGACUAAAACAAGACAACAAAAAAAAAA